AUGGGGCGGGAUGAGAAUGCGCUGGGCGUUAUUCUUUCCGCGUGCCUGAUACUGAGCUCCGAGAAAGCAUUGCCAGUAAUCUCAGCAUUUGUCAAGUCACUUGUUCGAGCCACCCUUUUUGAAGGAAUCGUUGGAGGUCGCCUGCGCAAGUGCCGUGCCCACGCGUCCCGUGGCCUUGACUCCGCGCCGCGCGUUUGUCAACGCGCUAGCAUAUUCCCGCGGCGUCUCCCGCGGCCGCCUUAUUUCCGUCGCUCUUUUUUCGUUCCCGACGCUAUUUCGGGCACUCCCGCGUGCGCCCCGCCACACGGAUCGCAGAACGCGCUCGGAGCCGGCAGCGGGGCGGGCUGGGAGGGGGGGGGGGGGGGGGGGAGAUCGCUACAACUAUGUCGGCCUGUGUGCGGCGCGAUCGGCACGAUGACCUGUCCCCCCUCCCGCCCCCGCUACACUUCUGUCCCCCCCUCGCCCUGCCCCCUCCUCCCCCGCCAUUCUGUGACGCAUCAAUUACUCCGCUCGGUCGCAUCGCGGCGGCCGUACGGCUCAAAUGCUAACCGUAGGCCGUCCGCCUUAAGGUGCACAUUCGGCGGGCGGGCGGACGAAACGCGCGGGAAAGUGCACGUAGCAGCGCGGCCCCGCAUUUAUUUUCGUACGCAGCGGUACACGGGUGCACUGUUCCGUGAAACGCGCGCGGCGGAGACGGCGUCCGCUGUGGACGAGGACGUUUCGCACGAGCCCCCCAAGGCAUGGCAACGCGAGAUGCGAAGCCGCUUCUCACGCACAUCACUAAUACGAUUUAGGCGCGAUCCACCGUCG